AUGGGUGUGUGUAACAGUUGUUUGAAGCAAGAUCCACAGAGUCUCAGCAUCGAAAAGAAAGCUAAAAAUAAAAAUACAUCUCAAGCAGUUAACUCCAGAAUGUCUGAACGUAUUCAGAAAAAUAUUUCUCCGUCUAACAGAAGCAAAGAGAGUUUUAGGCAACCUAAUUCUCUUUACUCAAGCAAGAGUUCGAUUUCUUCAAGUCUCAUAGAGAACAACUCUCCAAUUUCUUUCUAUCAUCUUCCGUCAUUAUUCAAUGUUGAAGAGUUUGACCUCACCAGUUGCACUGAAGAGGAGCUCAUCACAAAAUCAGAUUGGCUUUACAAAGAAAUUAAAGAAGUCAAGACCUAUAUAUCGCAUCUUGAAACAAGACUAGGCUCACUGGAUCCUGAAGAAAAUGCGCAAACAGAAAAGGUUAUCAUCCAUAUCGGCAACUGUACUAUUAUUGAUUUACAAGUCGGCAAGAAGUAUCAGGUAAGCAUCCAGCAGAAGCUGGAUAGCUUACUGAAAAGCAAUUUUGAAGAAUCGUCAAUCACCCAACAAUAUUUUGAGAAUCUUUCCACAGUGAAGAUAAAUCAAGAGAGUUUUUCUGCAGAAUAUCAAAAAUUACAGCUUGAGAAGAGUCAAACGGAGCAUAAGGAAGUGGACCCAGGGAGGCUUUUCUGCUCUAACCAACUGCCAGUUGUGAAGGCUCUUGGGAAGGAAUAUUCAAGCCAUAAAAGGAUCAGUAUGGUGAACAAAAAGGAUUUCCUUGCUUCAGCAGUUGUAACAAAAACUCAGAAAAUGAAUGGUAAGGGAUCGUUAAAUCAUGAAGACUCCCUCCUCGAAAGUACUUCGCUUGAAAAGGAAGUGUUCUACUGAGAAUCUUCCAGGGUAAUCACAGCUAAAUCCAACACCCAGUGACAUUGGGGUGAGAUGCACUGUCUCUUCUUCAACAAAGAUGUUGAAUCCUUGAAAAAGAAGUUCAAUAUUUGUUUCUUAGAAAGAUUGCAGGAUAGAGCAACUUCCCAUUGUAAGGACAGGACAUUAUUCGUGUCUCAAUUUGAUGAAGGAAAAAUAUAUGAGAAUGAAUUAUCAUUUAAGAGUCAGGAAAAUGAUACUGAGGUAGCUACUCUCAGUAUCAAAAUUCAGUAUAUUAAAGAUGAAGAGCAACUCAUUCAUAGUAUCCUUGAUCUCUGUGAGAACAAGAGGAAGCUUCUAAGUAUGUUACUCAAAAACUGAGUUGAGAGGCUUAAGGUCUCUGGACAAGGAUCUUCCCCAGAGAACCAGAAUCCUCAAGAAGAAGCAUUUCUAAUUAACACUGAGCUCAAAGAAAGUCUAUUAAAUAGGAUUAAGCACCAAUCAAUUCUGAGCUGGGAGACUUCCAACAAAAAUUCAUCUAUUGCAGAUAUUUCUCAGGAACGAAGUGAGUCAAAAGGGAUCUCAAUUGUUGAGAAUAUUGAAAAGAUGCACUCUUUCUCUUUUGCUGAGGAUUACGAGGCAAAUCAUCAUAAAAUAUCUGAUAACGAAGACGAUGAGUUUUUCAAAAUGUUCAGCCCUAAAAAUACUGACAAAAAUCAAGCGGUUAAAAUAUCAAAUGAAUAAAAUAUCUCUUUCAAUC